AUGCCAGCCCUCGCUGCCGCCGAGCUCAGCAUUCCGGCCGAGCAGCACCCCGAUCCCGCAAAGCCACUGGUGAUACCCGUCGACUCAACAGCUUUUGGUGGGCUCUACCCUGCGCUUCAUUCCGUGGUCUGUGGGAUGCAACCGUCGUGGGUCCAGAUUCCGCAGUGGGUCGCCAUCAGUGCGCUUCUCCCGUUCAGUGAGCCCGAGCCCGCUGUGGCCACCUACUUUGACAGGCUCAGCGUCUUGCGGCUGGCCGUAUUGGCCGCGGCUUGGCGCCGCAUCCUCGGUGCCUUGUCCGACCUCGGCGUGUUCGGCACGGCUCUGCACUCCCGCCAAAUCCCGGUGCCCGAGCUCUAUCUGCAGUGGGGCGACUUGGGGUACUCUGAGGCGAUCGUACCCUUGGGACCGGUGCCAUCUGCGGAAGCAAAGGCCGUCGACUUCUUGCAGUACGCGACAGUCGGGGCUCUCUGCGACCCUACGGCCGACGUCCCAUUCGCAGCCCUGUCUGACAUGACCCGCUGCUUGGGGCCCGUCUUCACGGCGGCAGCGCGCGUCGAUCCCAUGGGGAGCACCGUCGUGGGGGCUGCAUCGCUCGCCGCCGCCGCUGGUCACAUCACUCCGCGAGCGAGCGACGGGCAUCCCGCCCUGCUCGCUCGGCAUGUGCUCAGCAUGCUGAAGGCUACCCGCUCGAGUUUCCCGGCCUGCCUGAGGAUCAACUCUUUUCAGAACUACUCUGCGGAGGUUGAGACUCGCGCCGAGUAUGUGGGCGGGACCACCGUGGCGCGUGACCGAGUAGCCGAGCAGCGAUGCUCGCGCGCCAUUGCAGCCAAGGCGCCGACGCUCGACUCUCUGCUCCGUGCGCUGCCUCGGCCAACGCCCCCGUCGGUCGUUUAUGAAGCCUACCGGCAGCUCGUCUCGCUCUACUUUCCGACGGACCGGCGCCCUAUGGACCUGCUCCUGACUGAUCUGGAUGCUCAGCUUCACGCGCGGCUACCCACCUACCAACACGCGCUGACCAACGGCAAGCCGUUCGCUUCGAUUCUGGAGGGGUUGCGCAAGCUUCACGAAUCGCUCGAGCCCUCGAGGAAGGCGCCAGUCAUGGCUUCGACAGGCGACUCCGAGGACUCGGCGUUGGGCAAGUUCGACCGCGCGCCGGCUGGCCUUCCGGACAACUCACUCCGAGAGGCCAUCCACAGCGCCCCCUUCCAGGACGCGGUCCGCAAGAUUGGCAGCAUCGACCUCUCCACCCCGACUGGCCCGCUGGAGGUUCUCAAGGAGGCGUGCGUCACCAUCUCGGACGCUACCUCGGGUCGCAACGACGCGGCGGCGGCGGGCCUAGGGGGUUUCUGCCAUGGGUUCUACUGGCGUCUCUCUCUCAACGCGAGCGCGGCCUCCGUGAUGCAUAUUACGCUGCUCGAGUUCGCAUUCGGGUUCAUCGUCUUCAGGAGGCUGCUUCAGCGCUUCCCGCGGGUCGUCUUCCUCAGCGACGCCAUCUCCACCCCGUACGCCCUCUCGCGAGAGUCGGAGAGGAGCCCGCUGCUGCGCUUCGCACACCGCCUGCUCCGACAGACCGAGGCCUUCGGCGAUCUGGCGCCGCGCGCUUCGGUCGCCCACCUCAGCGAAGACGCUAACGCGUUCAGCGACGCAGUCAGCCGGGCGCUUUGGCCCAGGCUGGACGCGCUCGCUCGCCAGCUCGGGUUGAGGCUGACACCGAUGGACCUCCCAGAGGAGGCCAGAUACAUGCCGGCGGCGCGACUCCCCCCCGCAGAUCGUCCUCAGUGGGGGAGACCGCGACACCGGUGA